AUUUUGUUUUCUUCAACAGAGACUUUAUACAAAAAAUAAACAAGAAGAAAAUGAGUUACGCAAAAAUCUUAGCGAUUUUUCUUCUUGUAGUUAUAUUGGAUGUUUCGUUGUACACCCAAAACGCUAUGGCAUCAGAGAUUAAAGCAACGAACGGCCUAAAAUGCUUCAAUAAAUGCACGGCUUCAUAUAAUAUGUACGAAUGCAAUGUGGAUUGCUUAUCAUCAGGGUACGCGGCAGGAGGAUGUCGCUCCCAAUCUCCUUCAGGACCUGAAUAUUGUUGUUGUUAUUAGUUAAAAACUGAUGAUCCGUUGGUCUUCAUUAAUGUAUCCUUUAACUAUGAUAGUUUCUUUGCUAAUAAAAAUAUCAUGAAAUAAAACCAUUG